AUGGGUGCAUUGUUAGAGUCGAAGCACGAAAGACGGAGCAGUUACCAUGAGCACACCAAGAGCGCAACUCGGGCGCGGUCUGCGAGCAGAACUCGAAAGCCAUUACCGAGAAAAAUGUCUUCUCCCAGACUUAUGCAUACAGUUAGUGCAGAGAGUCUGACGCGAGAAAUCCAAGAUCUCAAUUUGAAUGGGAACCCACAAGAGGUCAUCGAGGUUCCGUUUGUCAAGGCCCACUUGGACCCUUCUUUGCCAGAGGAUUAUCUACGCGCUGACGUAAUAAAAAUUGCCCAGGCCCUCAAAAUUCCCAAGUGGCACUCCAAGAAGUCUGGCGGGGCCCAUUUGAACCCAGAACAGCUUAAACUGACGCGUAUUACAGGCGCACUCACAAAUGCGAUUUUCAAAGUUGAGUAUCGAUCGUUACCUUCGCUGCUGUUGCGAGUGUACGGUCCUAACGUCGAUAGCAUCAUUGAUCGAGACUACGAGCUGCAAGUGCUGGCGCGUCUUUCCUCACGCAGUGUGGGUCCAUCCUUGUAUGGGUGUUUCACGAACGGACGCUUCGAACAGUUCCUAGAAAAUUCCACGACGCUGACGAAUAACGAUAUCAGAGACUGGCACACUUCACAGCGUAUAGCUAGAAGAAUGAAGGAGUUACAUGUUGGAGUGCCGCUCACCAUGGCAGAGAAAGCGCAAGGGUCCAUUUGUUGGCACAGAAUCGAAAAAUGGUUGAAAAUUAUUGGGAAAUCUCAAUGGUCCAAGAAUGACGAAAACAUGCAACAAGUACUUCUGGUCGAGAAUUGGGAAACUUUCAAGCAUUUAGCGGCUAGGUAUCAAAAGUGGUUAAAAAUCCAGGAGCUUCUCCACAAAAACGACGUUUUUUGUCACAAUGAUGCCCAGUGCGGGAAUCUUCUAUUCACUUCUCGGCCUUCAGUCGCUGCUACUCCUGUUUCAAGUUCUUCUGCCGAUACCGAAGGCUCGCUAUUCCCCACAUCCUCAAAUAUUUCGGUGGAAACCAUUAUCCGUCCCUCGGCAGAAGAGCAAUCGCAAGACUCCAAGCUAGUUGUCAUUGAUUUCGAAUAUUCGGGUCCUGGCCCUGCACCCUACGACUUGGCAAAUCACUUAAGUGAAUGGAUGGGUGAUUAUAACUGUGCCCAAUCGUAUAGAAGCUUUGACGAGAAGUACCCAAAUAAAGAGCAGAUUUUGAAUUUCAUUUAUUCCUACGUUGCUCAUAAAAGAGACUUAAAUGCUAGUUGCCUUGACGAUGAGGUCCGGAAAACGUACAAUGAAGUCAUAAAACAGCGCCCCAGCGUUUCUCUGCACUGGUGUCUAUGGGGAAUCAUGCAAAGUGGUGAGCUAGAAGAGAAGCCUCAGGUGCAGGUUCUCGAAACGGGGACUCUCGGAGAGAAAUAUGUUAUUACAACAGCCGAAACAACUUCGGAAGGAGAAGAGGACAAUGAAAAUUUCAUGCCCGAUACCGAUGUAAUUGAUGGUGUGGAUAUUGACACCUUCCAAAAUUUACUCUACUCUGCUGACAAAAUGCGUCUAUUUUGGGGAGAUCUAGUACAGCUCGGCCUAAUAAAAAAAGAGGAGCUUUUGCCUGACAUAUCUUUAAAAUAUUUGGACGUCAAUAUGAUAUGA